GUGCUUGUAUUGGAAACUUCCUUGAGAUCAGCUCCAAAAACAAAGCCAAUAUCAGCACUAGUUCCAAACAAUAUAUCAAUCUAACAAUCAGGAGGAUGGAAGAUUAAAGUUGUUUGGGCAAGCCCCUCCCAUCGCAACAAGUUCCGGUGAAAAAUCGAUCGACUUUUUUCCGUCGAACAACAAGACAGCCAGAGAUUUCCAUCCCGAAUGGCGGUUGGAGCUACAAGGCGAGUUUCUUCAUACGAGAGGCUGGUGGCAAUAGGCUUGACCCUUCUAGCUGUGCUUUCUCCUCUCUAUAUUGACCGGAGAACAGUGAAUGAUUUGGAACUUGAAGAGCAGCCCAUCAUCGACCUUGUUUCUUGGCUGCCUCUACUACUCCUGGUGUUGAUCUUGGCCAUCAUUUUGUCAAGUUACUUCGAUAGGAUCUUUACCAGGUCUGAUCCUUAUUGGAUUCACAGAGUUGGUGGUUCUUCUGCUGGUAUAAUCCUGAUUCUUAUGGUUCUUGUACUGGUUUUGAAGUUCAAAGCUUCCGUAAAGAGCUGGGAGGCUUGACUGAAAUUUAGUGCUUUUGGAAGCGUAUUUCAUUAUUCAAAAGUACUUGUAUGUAUGAUGCAUCUUUGCAGAGAUAAGAGAGCAGUUUCUUGAAUGAAAUCUUG